AUGGGUUGCGGUGGAAGCAGGAGUGAUGCCAUUGAGCCGAGACGCCACGAGAGCUGGACCAGAGAGACGGAGUCGACGUGGCUCACCAGUACUGAUGCAGAAUUACCAACCAGCGCAAACGAGGAGACAUAA